CGCCACCGACCCCCUCGCAGUAGCGCGCGCGCGGCAGUCGACGUUUUCUGCGAGGGAAAGCCGCCGUCGUGCGAGUCAGCAUCGGGCGAUCGUUGCGCGCUCGGCACGUUGAAGCGCGAUCAGCGUGUGAGAAGAACGAGCGAGAGAGAAAACGGAAGAGAGUGACAGGAGGUGAGAGAAGGACGGAGGAGGAAUGAGGCUGGAAACGCGCGACGAGUGAGGGAGGACGGAGGGAGAUUUCGUCCAGGAAGAGACGCGCAAGGGUGGUGACCCGUGACUUCGCAACGCGCCGGAGGAGGAAGCAGCCAGUACGUCCGACGCACCGCAGGUUGUACUACUGCGCUCAGCCCAGUAGCAACUGUCCGCGCUCCAGUCAGCCGCGGCGCAGUAGCUACGGUCCACGUUAAUCAGACGCGCGCUGCGCUCCCGCUUUCUUCCUGCGCGCCGUCUCGCCGUCUAACCUCCCCGGUGCUGUCCCAGCCGCGGAAACGCGUCGCGGCAUCGACUAUCCUAACGAUCGAUCACGGAUAAUAGUCUCCGAUCGUACGUGGGUGCGUCCUCGAGGAGUCGAUCCUCUGUCGAUCCUCGAGAACUCCUCGUUAAGCGACUGAUAUCGAGUCUCGAAGAAAAUCCAGAGACGUGACUCGAUCGCGCGUAUCUGUGUGUAUACGUGUGUUCAUUGUGCUUAACGCAAUCGCGAUCAGCGUCAAUCAGCGAGGAGGUAUUCCUCGGUCGGUGAGAGCCGCGACCGACCGACCGACCGACUGAUCGAUCGAACGUACGUACGCCAGCGCGCGUGAAUCCAGCCGAACCCAGUGAUCUCGUGACCUUGUGACACCGCCUGCGAGAGAAGAGGGGGAAAGGGAGGAAGAGAUGCACCCGCUGAGAGACUGAGAGCGCCCGCCUCGCGGCCGUACGCCGAUCUCGCCACCCGUGUCGCGCGUCGACUCCUCCCAGAUCGCGAGAGGGGUUGACAAGAGAGAUCGAGGCGGAAAAGUAAGUCGCGCCAAGUUUGGCGAAUCGUGCGCGAGGAGCGCCCUGGUCGCUUCGCGAGUUUUCGCGUCUUUCUCUCAUGUAAAGCGGGAUUUCGAAAAUCGCGAGAUCGAUAUCGAGCGCUGUCAACCUACCUGCGGUACGUAUCUGAGAUUUUCACCAUCGGUCGUUAGAACAACCAUAACAGCUACGAUCUGUGCGAUUGCGAGGUGCCGCGAAAUAUAAAGCCCAAAUCAUCUAGAUCCUCUAGAUCUCGAUCGCACACCGAUUUACUUUAUGAUUCCGCUACUCGGCUAAAUUAUCAUUCUGAAAAAUUGAGAGGAUCGAUCGACGAAAUCGAUCGCUUUGAUCACUUUUUUCUGUCAAAAAUCUCGCGAAACAAGAUUCGGAAACGAUCGUCGAUCAUCGAUUUCGAAAAAAUCAGCAUCGUAACAGUCGUUCUCGCGCGUAAAUUAAGUUAUGAUAAAAGUGCAAUUUCGUCUAAGGCUCAUAUCAAAGUAAUCAGUACAGAUAAGAAGUAAUCGACGAGGGGAGAUAUCCUGAGAGAAGGAUCCUGCGGCGAUCGGAACAGAUCCUGCGAGUCGCACGGGGAUCGGAGAAAUCGUGCACGACACUGAGCUUUGGGUGGCAGCUGGAAGAGGGGCCUCGUAUUUCCCAUCCCCCCCCAGUCGGUGGAAAAUCGAAGACGUGUUGAAACUACCAUGAGCGAGGGCACGCCGAAGUCGCAGAUCAAGAUCGUCGUGCCCGAUGGUUCGCCAGCACGUCCGCAAGCUGGCGAUGGAGGCGGCGCAGGCGGAGAUGGCGAUCCUAUUGUCAGCGGUACCAAUUCCGAGAAAAGAUCGGGAUAUGAGACCAAUCUAUAUCUCUACAGUGAGGAGAUGGAGGAUCGGCCGCGAAUCUCGACGUUGCUCAACAGCUUGGCCAACUAUAGCAACACCAUCCCUGCCGCGACUGAUCCGGACAAACCAGCCCCGCCUGCGGGGGUGGCGCGGAUGGGUACUCUCAUAGGUGUCUACUUGCCGUGUAUCCAGAACAUCUUUGGCGUGAUCCUCUUUAUCCGGUUGACAUGGGUAGUCGGCACAGCCGGCGCCAUUCAGGGUUUCUUCAUCGUGCUUUGCUGCUGUUGCGUUACGAUGCUAACAGCAAUCAGCAUGAGUGCCAUCGCCACCAACGGCGUGGUGCCGGCCGGUGGUUCCUACUUCAUGAUUUCGAGAAGCUUAGGCCCGGAAUUCGGCGGCGCGGUGGGUAUGCUGUUUUACACCGGUACCACCUUGGCUGCUGCGAUGUACAUCAUCGGUGCCGUCGAGAUCGUCCUCACUUAUAUGGCGCCGUCGCUCAGCAUAUUCGGCGACUUCACGAAAGACGCGAACAUUAUGUACAACAACUUUCGAGUGUACGGCACUGUCUUGCUGAUGAUAAUGGGCACGAUUGUCUUUGUGGGCGUAAAGUUUGUUAACAAGUUCGCCACCGUCGCACUGGCCUGCGUCAUUUUAUCCAUCCUCGCUGUUUACGUGGGGCUCUUCGUAAACUUUAACGGGAGCGAGGCUCUCAAAUUAUGUAUACUUGGCAGAAGAUUACUAAAGGAUCUCAAUGUUUUAACCGAUUGUAAUAAAAACGUCAGCGGCGUUUUACAUAAUAUUUAUUGCAACGGCACGAGAUGCGACCGAUAUUACCUCGAGAACAAUCUUACCAUUGUUAACGGUAUUCGCGGCUUGGCGAGCGGUGUAUUUCUAGAGAACAUAUGGGACAGUUUCCAAGAGGAGGCUCAGUUAAUCGCUUACGGACAUGAUCCGAAGGACAUCGACGUUCUGUCGGGAUCGAGCUUCAAUCAGGUCCAGGUCGAUCUCACUACAACCUUCACUAUUCUCAUCGGUAUAUUCUUUCCUUCCGUUACAGGUAUUAUGGCGGGUUCCAACCGAUCCGGUGACCUGGCUGAUGCCCAAAAAUCCAUUCCAAUCGGCACGAUCUGCGCAAUCGUGACGACUUCCACGGUUUAUCUGUCCAGUGUCCUACUAUUUGCCGGCACUGUUGACAAUUUGCUGCUACGCGAUAAAUUCGGGCAGAGUAUCGGCGGCAAGCUGGUAGUAGCGAACAUGGCCUGGCCGAAUCAGUGGGUGAUCCUGAUCGGCUCAUUCUUAUCCACUUUGGGUGCUGGCCUUCAAUCUCUCACAGGAGCGCCGCGAUUGCUACAGGCGAUUGCUAAGGACGGUAUCAUUCCCUUCCUAACGCCAUUCGCAACCAGUUCCAGUCGAGGCGAACCUACUCGCGCUUUGGUGCUCACUGUCUUGAUUUGCCAGGGCGGUAUCCUGCUCGGCAACGUGGACUAUCUAGCACCAUUGCUGUCUAUGUUUUUCCUUAUGUGUUACGGUUUCGUCAAUCUCGCCUGUGCCCUGCAAACACUGCUACGCACACCCAAUUGGCGGCCACGUUUCAAAUAUUACCACUGGAGCCUGUCGUUCCUCGGCUUGGCUCUCUGCAUCGCCAUCAUGUUUAUGACUAGUUGGUACUACGCACUGCUGGCAAUGGGUAUGGCUAGCUGCAUUUAUAAAUAUAUCGAGUAUCGCGGCGCCGAAAAGGAAUGGGGUGACGGUAUUCGCGGUCUAGCGUUGUCCGCUGCCAGAUACUCGUUGCUCAGGCUCGAGGAGGGUCCACCGCACACGAAGAACUGGCGCCCACAGAUCUUGAUCCUCGCCAAACUUACCGAUGACUUGGUGCCUAAGUAUCGCAAGCUCUUUGCCUUUGCCAGUCAACUCAAGGCUGGUAAGGGUCUCACUAUCAGUGUCAGUUGUAUCCCCGGUGACUAUACGCAGAAUUCGGGUGAAGCGCUAGCAGCCAAGCAGAGUCUCAAGAAGACCGCGGCGGAAGAAAGAGUGAAAGGUUUCGUCGAUGUUCUCGUUGCAAAGAAUGUUGUCGAAGGGCUGAGCUCACUGAUACAAAAUACCGGGCUUGGCGGCUUAAAGCCUAAUACAGUGAUACUGGGAUGGCCGUACGGCUGGCGACAAUCGGAGGAGGAAAGAACCUGGCGAGUCUUUUUGCAGACUGUGAGGAGCGUUGCGGCUGCAAAAAUGGCAUUGUUGGUACCCAAAGGCAUAAACUUCUUCCCAGAUUCCAGCGAAAAGAUUAUUGGCAACAUUGAUGUCUGGUGGAUUGUUCAUGACGGUGGCUUAUUGAUGCUACUACCGUUCCUGCUGAAACAACAUCGUACCUGGAAGAACUGCAAGAUGAGAAUUUUCACAGUUGCGCAGAUGGAAGACAAUUCAAUACAAAUGAAGAAGGAUCUGAAGAAAUUUUUGUAUGACUUGAGAAUCGAGGCGGAAGUGGAGAUUGUCGAAAUGACAAAUACCGAUAUCUCCGCGUACACAUACGAACGCACUCUAAUUAUGGAGCAAAGAAACCAGAUGCUACGCGAGCUGCAAUUAAAUAAGAAGCAAUCACUUGGAGUGGUGCAGUCAUUGGUGGACUUCAACGAGGUACCCGCCGAGGAAAAAUUACCUCUGGUACAGGCGAUCGUAGAUCACCAUCACAACGUGGAUGCCAAAGUGCCGACGAAAGUGAGAUUCCAGGAGCCGGGUAAUCAAAGUACGAAUGUGACCGACGAUACGAAGCUAAUGGAAACCGAAUUAAACAACAAGGAGGACGUUGCUGAGGAGCUAAAUGAAAAGGACGAAGUUAAAGAGAACAAUGACGAAGAAUCAAAGCUAAUCAGUAGCUCGCCCAAGGCGGAAAACAGAGAGAAUACUGAGAAGGAGGCAAAGGGAGCAAUGGAGGCGAAAGAAAAUGCAGCUCAGGAAAACAAAAAUCAAAGUCCGGUUAAGAAACCUACAAUUACACCCGACGAGGGUGACGUGAGACGUAUGCACACUUCGUUGAAAUUGAACGAAGUAAUCCGCAAGAUGAGCAGUGAGGCUCAGUUAGUCAUCCUAAAUCUUCCUGGUCCGCCACGGGACACGAAGAUGGAGCGUGAAUCUAAUUAUAUGGAAUUCCUCGAGGUGCUCACCGAAGGCUUGGAACGAGUAUUGAUGGUGCGGGGUAGUGGACGAGAGGUAAUAACCAUCUAUUCGUGAACUGAAGCGACGGGAAUUGAUGCCGCUGCCUUGCGGAAGCAGAGCUCUAGUUUACUUCUCAGUGACCUAAACGACACUACCCUAAGGAACAUACUGCUCUUGUGCCAUUGUCUGCGCAGUCACUUGCGUUGCGCGCUCUGAAAGUCAUUGAAGAGAAGAAGAUGAUGACGAUGAUCGUUCAUAUUGAACACGGAAGACGAAGUUUCAUUGAAACCGACUAAUUAUACGGACCGUAACGACCGAUCGUCGUUUAAUAAUGAAGCCAAAAGCGAUGAUGCCAAAGGAUAGAUUUUCUUUAAAUGAAUUUCCGAACGUAGAACGCGCGGGUUUUUGUGUCAGGUACGUACGCAUCGAAGGCGUCGUAUACGGCAGCAGACUGUUCAGAUUUAAACUCGACAAACUUGUCGAGCUCAUCCGAGCUCGCCGGGCAAAGCAUAUUGUAUUGGUAUCUUUCAGAAAUCGCCGGUACAAAAACUGUAGCUCAAUAACACGAGUCCCGAGUAAACGUCACUUCGAUUCAAUUUCUUGCAACCGACAGCUAAAACGAAAAAGAGAACAAAAGUAAAAAGAGGGAGGGGAAAAAAUAGAUAAAAAUAUGAGAAUCAAAAUUUGGUCCGAGGCUAAGGUCGAAGCAUCUACGAAACCACUGCCAGACUACUUUCUAAAUGCUUCGCGUUUAACCAAAGACGCGAGAGGCUCAUUUUUCUACAUGCAUUGUCGUUAAUAGGGAAAGAAUAAGAGUAGUAGAUAUGUAUAUAAUUUUAUUGCUUAAUAGGUGACUCUAGAGUAGCCUAGAAUAGCGCUGACUUUUAUUAUGAUUAAUAAAUAUAUGUGUGUAUUUGAUAAUAGAGAAAGACGACGAA